AUGAGGAGGUCGUCCUCCUUUGUCCUCCGCCGAGUCGUUUGUGAUGGACGGCAGAAGCCUAAUGAGCUCACAGCUGUCGUGCGCGUCCACGUGCGCGUGCACGUCCACAUUAGAGCGUUGGUGUCAGGGUGGAGACAUCAGGAAACCGGGGAAUUAGCGGCGAGGGAGCUCCUACCAAGACCAGAACCCAAAAGCCCAAUCCUCAUCCAUCAGACUAAAACCGAGUCGUCCAACAUAAAAGGACGAAACGCUGAGGCUGGCGGAGCGGCUGGACCGGGCAGGACGAGGAGCAUCACAGUCCCCAUCGCUGGAGCGGCCAUCAGAGACCUAAAAACCAGCUUAAACCCACCAGGAAGAGCAGCAGGACGGGCGCCCCCCCCCCACCCCCCCCCCACCCCUCACUGUCUGCCCUCACUCUGCUUCAUCCAGCCCGUCGGCUCAGAGCUAAACGAGGGCUCUGAGUUGUUCUGUUUUGUUUCUGUGGGGGGGAACAAACUGAGCGUGCUCAGUUCGGUUUUUCUGAUGGGCACAGGCUUCUUCUUCUGUGGUUCCGGUGAGCCGGUGGGCAGCCUGGUGUCCCGGUUAACGUCGGAGGCGUUUCUGUAGAAACUGGAAACGGGCCCCCCCCCCUGACCUCCGUCCAGUAGGAACCGGUUUAGAGCUCCCCAGAGGGUCACUACUCAGCAUUAUCCGGUUUGUGAGUCUGAAAGCCCAGACCAGGGGCAGAACCGGAGGUCUGAACUUCUUUAUCUGCAACCCCUAGAUUUGUGUCAUUUUAACUACUUUAAUGCAGAAACGUCCCGGAAAAAAUCCACUAAGCUUCAUCCUUUUAGAUAAAUAAGAUCAGAUUUCAUCAUCUGUUAAAAAAAGACGGAAAGGAUCUCGAAAUCCUCUGAGGUCGGCCAUUUUGGACAGCUUAAUGUUUUAAAAUGAGGGGCUCGUUUAGUUUAAUUUUUUGUUUGUUUUUUUAAACUUGGCUUCUCUAAAAGGUUACCGAGACAUAAAUGGGGUUUAAACUUUAAACCGGUUUGCCAAAGUUUGCCAGCUCGCUGUCUGACAGGGUGAAAGGUCAGGGUACAGAUGCUGCCUUCGUGGAGGGUCGGACUCCCGAACGCUCCGAGGAAAGGGGCCGUUUUCCUGGUGGUCAUGUGACAUCUGUCCAGAUCCAGCUGUGUCCCCAGAUGCUGCCUCCUGAACAGUGUGUGUGUGUGUGUGUGU